GUCACCAAUCUCCUUCCCCUCAGGCCCGCCGUAGUGUACGCCUCGUCCAAUCCGGACAUCAACAACCGCCGGAGGCUUCCCCCCUCAUCCCCUCGUCCUAGCCGAAAUGGUCCCCGCUCUUUGGUUGGUCCUCCGAGCAGGACUACGUUGGGAUGCCAGCGAGCCAGCCGGCGAUCGAUCAUGACGAGAAUCAUGCAAACCUGGAGGCAAAACAGGCCAGAUCUCGAUUCUCUACAAACUACUUCACCGUGGAGAAGCCCAAUCAUCUUCGUAUGCUCACCUCAGGGAUGUCAUCGCACAACCACGCGAUGUACCUCUCCGUCAUUGCCUCAUCCUCUUUUUAGAAACAAAGUGUUAGUAUCUUAA